GUUCGUUGAAGUGACCGACUUCAUGUUGGUCUUCACCUGGGUGCCUCCCGACGCGGCGGUGACCGGGUACCGCAUCAUGUACGGGCAGGAGGAGGCGACGGAGCGGCUCAUUCCCUCCCCGGGGCCCGGCGCUAGAUCAGCAGUCAUCACGGGGCUCCAGCCCGACACGAUUUAUAAGGUGGCGAUCACUACAAUCGGAGUUUACCGAGAGAGCUUGCCUCUAGUCGGACAGAACAGGACCGCGCCUGUGCCGACAACAUCGACUCCAGCUACUACCAGUGGACGGACCAGUCGUAGGACUACUGUCUUUUUCCCCAGCUCGUCAUCUUCAAGCACUCCGGCGAAGACGUCGGAGUCUGCAGGAGACCAGAUAUCUGACGACAGUGACUCUGGAAGCGACAGUGACUAUUAUGACAGUGAUUACUACUAUGACUCGGAGCCAGAACCGCCAAUUCCUACAACAGAGUCCAGCGAAGCUGGUAAGUUGGUGAUUUAA